AUGGUCAACACCAAGAGGCUCCUAAAGGAGAUUGAAACAAAAAAGAAGAUCACCGAUGUGAAAUUCUUUAAAGACGAUGAUAAGAGUAGCAAAUCUCGGGAUACAAACACAUUCAACAGCAGUAACAUGAAUAUAGCCUCUAAAAACUAUGGUGUUCUUGUCUAUGAUUUGGAAGGUAAAAAAUCUCUCUCGGAGAUUGUUCAAAACUCCAAACUCAAAGCAAAAUACAAUAGUGAGGCCAAAAAUUAUUUCAAUUUAAUUGAUGACUUGGAAUUUCCGACAGCAUGUAACAAUAUUUGUUUAGCUGCAGAUGAGAAUCACUUGUGGGCUUCUGGUAUUUAUAAACCACAAGUGAGAUGUUUUACUUUGGAUGAUUUAACCAUGAAAUUUAAGAGACAUGUGGAUUAUGAAAUUCUUAAAUUGUGUCCACUUACUUCAGAUUACAAAAAGAUGGCAACUUUGUGUGUAGAUCGAUAUAUUGAAAUUCAUGCUCAAUGGGGAAGCUAUUAUCGAUUUAGAAUUCCAAAAUAUGGGCGAGACAUUACAUAUCAUGAUUAUAGUGCAGAGCUGGUCAUGGUAGGAUCAAGUAAUGAAAUUUAUCGAUUCAAUCUUGAACAAGGAAUGUUUAGGAAACCAACUCUUAGCUACUCGAAUGCAGAAGCUAUUAACACUGUGAAAAUUAAUCCUGUUCAUCAACUUUUUGGUCUUGGAUGUGAUAAUGGAUUUGUGGAAUGCAUGGAUCCUCGCUCUAAGAAAAUUAUUGGAUGUAUUGAUGCCCAUGACUCUAUUAACACCAUGCUUGGAUCUGCUUCUUCGUGGGAUUCUUCUUCGCGAGCUGUGACAGCAUUCGAAUUUGAUAGUGAUGGAAUUGGUUUUGCUGUUGGUACACACUCUGGAAAGGUUGGACUCUUUGAUUUGCGAAAGAAAGGUGCUGUUUUUGUAAAGGACCACCAUACUGAUUUACCAAUCGUUAAAAUUGCAUAUCACGACACUUCAAAGAAUAUUUUCUCAGCAGACACUCAAGUGGUGAAAAUUUGGGACAAAUCCAAUGGAAACAAUUAUACCAAUUUGGAACUCACAGCCAAGAUUAACGAUUUUUGUAUCAUUCCACACAGUGGUAUGGUAUUAGUGGGAGGAGAACGUUCCAAGAUCAAACCUUUCUAUAUUCCAAGUUUAGGUCCUGCUCCAAAAUGGUGUGCAUUUGUCGACCAAAUUACAGAAGAACUCGAAGAUUUCAAGAAGAAUACUGUCUAUCAAGAUUUCAAAUUCCUUACAUUGGAAGAAGUUCAAGAUCUUGGCUUGGAAGAUUUAUUUGGAACAGAUCUAUUACGGCCCUACAUGCAUGGUUUCUUCAUUAAGAUGUCUCUGUACCGAAGAGCUCUCGAGUAUAGUGACCAAAAAUCAGAUCAAAUUUCUGCUUCAGAAAUUCUCACUCCCGGUCAAGUGGAUAGCAUGUCUGAAGAGAGACUCAAAGAAGAACGUGUGAAGGCUCUUGUCGACUUUAUUACGCAAGAAGAUGGCGAACAAGAAACCUCACAACAACAAACAAAGAAACCACAAAUUGCUGCUGUCGACGAUGACCGAUUUAAAGAAAUGCUUGACAAUCCUGAUUUUGCUGUAGAAGUCUCGGAAAAGAAGAAGAAAUUCGAGGAGAGAAAAGCCAAAAGAAGAGAAGUAUUUGACACCUCGAGUCAUAGACGAGACAAAAAGGCAGAACGAGAGCAAGAAGACUCUAUUGGAAUUUAUGGUAUUGAGUCUGCUCAAUCCCUCAAUUACAAUGAUCAUGCUGACUUUUUAGAUUUUGGAACUAAGAACAAGAAUGAACGAAACAUGUCAUUCCAUUCACGAUUAAACCGUAAAGGAGAGAAUGAAGAGGCCAAUGACAAAGAUGAUGGAGGUAAUAAGAGAAAGAGACGAGGAGGUAGUGGCGAUAAAAGAUCCAAGCACGUUAAAAAGUACUAA